AUGCUGUAUUUUACCUUGAUUGUCCGACAACAAAAUGCACUUGUUUUAGCAGCUGACACUGAUACAUGCAGUGAGGAAAUUGAGCAGUGUAAAGCUACGGCUAAGGGACUGCUUCGUAAGUUGACGCUGGAUGGUAAAAAACUCUCUGUAGAUAUGCCACCAUUACUCACUGUUUCAUGGAAAAAUUAUCUAUUCUACAUCCUUGCCGAGUCUGGUGUGCUGUUUCUUACCAUGUGUGAUGUGGCUACACCGGCAAGUAUACCGCAGGCGUAUUUGGAAGAUGUGGCACGAGAGUUUCUUCUACAAUAUGGUUCGCAGGUAGAGGCAGCGACCAGACCCUAUUGCUUUAUUAAAUUUGAUCUUUACCUGCUACGUACGAAGAAGGUGUUCACGGCUCCUAGUUCCUCGCGCCUAAACAUAGCACGUAGCGGGCGGCCGAUGCCUGUCAAGCGGAGUUAUCAGGAAAUUAUGUCGGGGAUUCAAAACAAGCCAACACCGUCGUCGCUGCCGUCGAGUGCGGCAGAUGAUGGGAACUAUUUUUUUUGGGUGGCCACUUUGUGUCUUCUAGCGGUUGCCAUACUGAUCAUUUUGGUAUACGUAUUUUACCUCUCCGCUUGA